GGCGUAGGUUUUUUUGAAAACGAACAAAUAGCCGAAAAUCACGAAAUAAACGCUUAUUGAUAUAAUUCAGAAAUAUCUACAGCGUAGCAACAUUUAGUGUACGGCGUAGGUUUUUUUGAAAACGAUCAAAUAAUCGUAUAUAUCUAUUGAAUAGAUGGCUAUUAUCCCUUUGUUAUCGAUACGACCUUGUCGUACACCAGCUGCAGCUGCCGCCGUUGUCAACGGCGUUCAGUGUGUCACAGUUUCUUGUACACGUUCUAUGCGUUUGCUCCUUUCGUGUUUUUCAGCAUUUAUUAUUUGCUCGACAUUAUUUAAAAUAUAAUCAAUUAUUAUUACUCUAUGUUUAAAAGGCAACGGCGUUCAGUGUGUUCGUUCAGUGUGUCACAGUUACUUGUACACGUUCUAUGUGUUUGCUCCGUUCAUGUGUUUUUCAGCAUUUAUUAUUUGUUUGACAUUAUUUAAAAUAUAAUCAAUUAUUAUCACUCUGUGUUUUAAUUUUUACAAGUGUUUUAAACACUAUAUUAUUUUUCAUCUCGUUUUUAUUUCAAACGUUUUAAAUAUGUUCAACUGCGAUCAGUGUCCGUCGGUGUUCGCACGUAAAGACGGUUUGGUUAGACAUGGCAAAAUUCAUGCGGGCAUACGUUUUCCGUGUACCGUAUGUACAUCGACAUUCAACGAUAAGUCGCAUCUUAAAAGGCAUAUGAAAAAUAUUCAUGGUAUCGUCAACGUUCCGGCUCACCUCAGACCAAUGUCUGCUGCACCGAUCAUUACACAACCGGUAGAGCAAAGAAUCGUUCAGGUUGCUCCAGCUCAAGUUCAGAUUGCACCCCAAAUAUUUGUUCCUGAUGUCCCGGCCGGUGGCUCGAACAUGUUAACCGAAGACGAAAUGUGUAUGGAAGCCAUGGACGAAUUUGAGGAUACAGGUUAGUUUUAUUUAUAAGAAUUAGAUUUUUAAAAGACCCACUGAUUUUAACGGAUCAUUUUUUAAAAAAGAUAUACCGACAAGUAUUAUUGCUCGAUCAAUCAGAUUUUUAAAAAUAAAUAUCGUAAAAUAGAUUUUUAAAAUUCAGAAAAUUAUCGUACAACACUUAAUCAAUUACUUAGAUUUAUUAUAAAUUUUAAAUAUAAAUUCUAUAUUUUUAUUUUAAACUUAUCAAGUGGUCUGUGAAGCGAUCAAUGGUAUAAUAGUUGGAGU